GGUCACGAAAAUUUAUCAGACGAUUAAACGAGCAUUGCAGUGGUUUCUAAUAGGCCAUUUGGAACUGUCUCCACCACACGAGGAUGGCAAAUAUUGGCAGCUCUGCUAAAUAUUUGGAAAGUGGAUGAGCCAAGGUAGUCCUUGAACAGAAUCAUGGUUUCUUUUCUGUCCAUAUUCAGUCUCAUUUGGGAGACGUGUAAAUCGGAAUGGCACAACAGAGGACCAUCGAAAGACUUCCUAGCCGAAUUCUGGUACGAGAUGAAGGAUUAUCUUACACUGCAGAAACAAGAUUUUGGAUUCAUCUUUUUGUUUGCACUCAUGAUUUCAUUGUUCCGACAACAGACAGCUACCAGGCUCCUUAAGCCAUUAGCACAAAAAUUCAAGUUCAGAAGCAAGGACAAGCUAGUUUUCCCAGAGAGUUGUUUUAAGCUGUUGUUGUAUUUCAUAUUUUACACUAUAGAGUGUGUCAUUUUGCUGUUGUUGUAUCCAACAUUUCUAACAGACCCAUUGGCACCAUGGAGAGGCUGGCAUGUUGGAAUGGCAGUGUCCUCUGAAAUUUACUGGAUUUAUGUUGCAGAGGCAGGAUUCUAUGUCCAUGGUAUAUAUGGAGUUUUUUUCUUGGAUGUAUGGAGGGAUGAUUCUACUUUGAUGGUCUUGCAUCACAUCCUAACAAUUUGCUUGAUUGUUUUCUCAUUGGGACUCAGGUAUCACCGAAUGGGUCUGGUGGUUCUUUUUCUACACGACAUUGCCGAUGUUUUCUUGGAAUUCACAAAAGUUGUAAAGUGUUUUCAAAACCGAAAGAACAGUAACAAACCAAUUUAUGGUCACAUUGUUACACUAGGAUUUGUCUGCUUUGCAUUAUCUUGGAUUAUAUGCAGAAUGGUUGUCUAUCCUAUUUCUGUUUUAUUUUCUGCUGGACACGAAGGAAGAAAAAUCCUGCCUGAUGCACCCUUUUAUUUCUUCUUCAAUGGCUUACUUUGGAUUUUGUUUGGAAUGAAUUUUUACUGGUCAUGUUACAUUGUUCGUUUGGUGUAUCGCGUUUUGACAAACCGUUCAAGAGGUAUUGAAGACCCAAGGGAAGAGUCAUUAACUAAUGAAGAAUUUCAAAAUGUAGAUGACAUCCAGCACGUAAAACCGGCUGAAAAAGCAAAAGUGAUUAAUGGCAACAGUGGUAUUCAUCCUUUCAUUCAGAAGAGAGCAAAGAGUGGUAGUGCAAGAUCUUCUACGUUUGAAUCCAAAAACAACAACAAAUUUAAAGAGAGUGUUAUAUUUGAGCUUGCAGCAAAGAAAGAACAUUUUAAUUGAUUUAUUACUCAAAUAUGGUUCACAGUGAUGAGAGAGUUUAGCAAAAAAUAUUAAUUUUGGUUUUCUAAAAUAUGGCUUUUGGCUCCCAUAAUUUUAUUUUUUUAUGUUUGUAGAAGCAUGCCUAGGUUUUUUCAUGGGAAUGAAGUGAAGAUGCUGCUGGUUUCAGUCACUUCACCAUGCACAACUUUUUCAGCUUCCAUGCAUGCUUUUCUACUCCCCACCAUUAGAAGCUGAAUUUUUCAAGUAAAUCCCUGUAUUGCUGUCCUUUUACAGCUAGUUUAUUUGUUUCAUUGAUAAGUGAUCAAAAUAAAAGACAUUGAAAAGGUCUUGUGGUUUUUGCCACCUGCUCAAAAGGCUGUCAGCAUUUUAACAAUAAAUUUGUGCCAUUUAUUCAGAAGAAUCUGCACCAGGAGGUGUGAACAGAGUUCAAGCCUGUUUGCCAAUACUUGCUGAUACAACUUCUGUUUUGACAAUUUCAAAAUGACUAAGCAUUAUUACCUACAGUAUAAUCCGGUUAUAACGUACUUUAAGGGACCAGCAUAUUAAGUAUGUUAUAUCCGAAGUACGUUGUAACAAGGGUAAGUAAAAAUUGAUUAAAACCAAGCACACCUUUUGCUGGGAUCCAGCACACCAGUGCGUUAUAUCCGAAAGUCUGUAAUAACCAAGUACGUUAUAACGGGAUUCUACUGUACUUAAGUACAGAAAUGUUCCAAAAUAGUUCUUAAUAUAUGCUUUGAAUUUUUGCCAACUUUAUGCAAUUUAAUAGAAAUGAAAAUUUGCUUUAUAUAAUUUAUUUCUCAAGAAUUUCAUAGCUGUAUUUCAAAUUUAUUUGAGACUGACUUAAUAUAUAUAAAUAGAUGAUUUAAAUUGUUUCUAGUUUGAAAUGCUGUUGUAUUUGUUACACAGAUGAUUGUUGA